AUGAAGAUCAUCAUCUUUUCGAUUUUAUUCACUGUUCAAGCUCAAUAUAUAGAUGAUGAACUAAUAUCCAAUGAAAUUUCGACACUAACAAAUGAUGUUGACUUAAUUACUCGAACAGAAAAUGAUCGAACAAAUUUCAUGGAAGCAUCAAAUGAUCAUUUUUCUAAUCGAAUUGAUUUUGAUGGAAUAAAUGCGACGACAGUUCCAUCUGAUCCGUUCUCAUCAAACAUUACCGAUGACGGUCAAACAUGGUCAGCAUUAGUUACACAUGAUCAGUGGUCGUUUUCAUCAUUUAUAUCAACAAAUGACCUUGACUUCAUGACAUCAUCAGAAGGAACUAAUGUCAUUGUACAAGACUCAUGGUUUAAUGUUAAUCAAAGUCAAAGACGAAAUCCGACUGCAUCUGUUCUUUUCUGGAAAUCAGUGAAUGAUCCUUCAUCAGGUGGUACGACUUAUACGUUAACAUCCGAUCCGCGUUGUCUUCGUCAAGCAUGUUCUGUUAUACUAAAACAUAACGGAACAUUAGCAACAGAUAUUGGCGGUUGUCUUUCAUUUGCUCUACGAAUACGUGGUCAACCCGUCGGUCAGUUAUGGAUAGUGGAAGAUAAAGAGCAAGAUAACGCUUUACAAAAGAUUCAAUUAACAAACAAAACUCUACGAAUCGAACAUUCAUUGAGAUCAAAAAUAAAAAAUUUAUCAAUUGCAACACGAAUUUUGUUUCGUAAUCCACAGAUCGAUGCACUUUAUCUCUCGAACUUGAAGGUUAAUUGGAAAGGACCUUGUCCUAAAACUCGUCGAGUUCCAACUCCUUCACCUGAUAUCAAUCGUCGAGCAACACUAGAAGAUGAAUUUAUGACACUGACCAGUGAAGGUUCUGGUUCCAUGUAUACAUUAACAACGAAUGAAGAUUAUCAAAACAACGAUGAACAGUUCAAAUACGAUCCAACAACAGUUUCUUCAAAGACGAAAUCAACAACGAAACGACCAUUUGCAUUCACGAAUCAAAAGAAUCUCGGUUGGGUGUUAACGUCAAUUACACUCGCCUGCGUGUUCCUUCUCCUAGCAGCAGUUGGACAUGGCUUAUGGUUACUUCGGCGACAACGUCAUUUCAGUUGGUAUUUUGCUUUUGACUCGCAAAUUCAACUGCUUGCUCGAAGAUCUAUUCGUUCAUCAACAAGAUCAGAAAAGAAAAUUGCAACAAUUUCGGAAAUAGCGAAUGAUAUUCUAAACACUGAAUCCCAAAGAGAACAAACGUAUUCUCCAUCAACAAGUAGUUUCGAAUCAGCAUCACCGAUCUCAUAUUAUACUUAUCUCUAG